UCACCCUGACUCCGCUGCCAUCUUGGGUCUGAAUUAAGUUGAUCCCAGUCUCUUUUGUGGCUUCUGUCAAAUCGGAAGGUCUGAGAUCACGAAUAUCGAGACAUUUAAAUCGCCGUACACUUCCGACUCCUGUCAGCCUUCGACUUGAGGAAACCCAUAAACCUACACCUGCAAAGAGUCUUUCAUCACCACCUUACCGCAAAACGCACAUUAAAGCACACGGAUAAAGGAAUGACUGGAAUGAGGAAGAAUUCGGGCAACGUUUCCAAAGACUGUUUCCACACAGCUGUGUUCCUGUUGACCUAAGCUCAGAGCCUGAAUGGAGGCCCACGGUUCAGCGCGACUGUCAAGGAAGAGAAAGAGAGAUGGUUCAAACGGAGAGCCAGAGGAAGGAGAAAAACCACUGAAGUUCAAAAGAUGCACGGUGGGUCUGAAAUAUCCAGCUCCUUAUGCAGAUCAGCUCGAGUCAAUGGAAGAUAAGCAGUAUCAGCGUGUCACCAUAGAGGAAGCUCGCAGAGGCACGCCACCCGACAGACCUGUGCGGGUGUACGCUGAUGGGAUCUUCGACAUGUUCCACUCAGGACAUGCUCGCGCUCUCAUGCAGGCUAAAUGCCUCUUUCCAAACACUCACCUUAUUGUAGGUGUUUGCAGUGAUGACCUCACGCACAAGCUAAAGGGCUUCACCGUCAUGAACGAGGACGAGCGCUAUGAUGCUGUUAGUCACUGUCGCUAUGUGGAUGAGGUGGUCCGGAAUGCCCCAUGGACUCUUACACCAGAGUUCCUCACCAAACAUCGGAUUGACUUUGUGGCCCAUGAUGAUAUCCCAUACUCCUCAGCUGACAGUGAUGAUGUUUACAAGCACAUCAAAGAUGCAGGAAUGUUUGCACCAACCCAAAGGACAGAGGGCAUCUCCACCUCUGACAUCAUCACGCGCAUCGUGCGAGAUUAUGAUGUGUACGUCAGACGGAAUCUUCAGCGUGGCUACACUGCAAAAGAGCUGAACGUCAGCUUCAUCAAUGAAAAGAAGUACAACCUUCAGGAGCGUGUGGACAAGGUGAAGAAGAAGGUGAAGGACGUGGAGGAGAAAAGUAAAGAGUUUGUGCAGAAGGUGGAGGAGAAGAGCAUCGACCUGAUCCAGAAAUGGGAAGAGAAGUCCCGGGAAUUCAUUGGCAACUUCCUGCAGAUGUUUGGACCGGAGGGAGCACUGAAGCACAUGCUGAAGGAGGGUAAAGGUCGAAUGCUUCAGGCCAUCAGUCCAAGGCAGAGUCCCAGCAGCAGUCCCACACGAGAGCGCUCGCCUUCCCCAACCUUCCGUCUGCCCUUCUUCAACAAAACCUCCCCGCCGUCCUCCCCAUCCUCACACCACAGCAGUGCCCUGUCCGGCUACACCUACGCCGCCCGUGGACAGGCCAUCAGCGAGGACGAGGAGGACGACGAAGAUUAGAGUGCCAAAGCACACCACACAUCUGUCUUCCAACACCGGCAAGCCAACCUCAGAAACCAAGCAAUCCCUUCACCAGUUUUGCGUUCUGUGUUAUUAACCCAUAUGAAGGCUUAAAACGGAGUGCUGUGCAGAACUUGUUAACUGUGAGUCACUUACGGUGGUUUUUACGUCAAUGUCAGCGAUGGGAUGUGAGUAUUUAAACGCGUGGGAUUGGCUUUUGUGGUGUUUUAGAUCGAGUGCUCAUGGUAUUGAGUUUCCUUUUAAUUUCAGUUUUAAAAACUUUUGUUCUUAUUAUUAUAGUACGUAAUUGUUUGACAUCUCUCAGGUCACGUGUCUCUUCUUAUAAUGGCCGAGAUUGAUGUUUGAUGUCCAAAACACUGCAACUCAUAACUGUAAGAUGACUACAAAUAACUAUACUAAAAGAGCUGUCGCACAAUCAGUGUUGUGGUCAAUAAUUCCUGUUGAUUAGCUAAAACAUAUUAAUAUUAGUGAGAAGAGGAUUUGAAUUUCUUGCUUCAGAACUCUUCAAUGACAUAAAAAGUUGCCCAAAGUUUUAGAAACAGUUCAACUGUGGCAACAAAAUGUAGCAGAGCUGUUUUAAUAUAGUUUUGUCACAAAGCCCUGUUGAUUUCUCACUGUGAUUGUUUUCAGAGUUCUUAAAGGGAUAGUUCACUAGAAAUUGAAAAUUUGCAGUUCUACUCGCCUUCUGGUCAUAUUGGUUAUUCUCACCCCCCGAAGAAGUACAUUUUAAUCCUUUUUUUUUUUUUUUUUCUGAAAUCAUGGUCUUUAGAAAUUAAAAACAAUAAACAGUCAUGGCCACAAUUGUUGGCACCCCUGAAUUUUUUUUUCCAGAAAGCACAUUGAGAAGAAAUUAAACAGGGGUGCUAAUUAUUCAGGGGGGCUAAUAAAUCUGACUUCAACUGUGUGUG